UCCAUCUCAGCUUAGUUUUAAAAGAUAUAUAUUGUGUAUUAAUUCACCUACUUAGAAAUUGUUUAUCAAACGAUAUGUUUACUCUACACAUGUGUUUUGUAUAAUUUAGCAGCUGAUGAUAUAUCCAGCUUGUUAAAAAAAUUGCAAAGACACAAAAGGACUAAAGCCAUGCACCAAAAAAAAACUUUUAUAGUAGUACUUGGAUCUGAUGUUGCCAUCCUCAGCUGAGAGCAAUGUUAAAUAUGCCUGUCUUUGAGGAGAUUGGUGAACAACACAAAAAGAAGAAAGAAACUUUUUGGGAAUCAGGGUAUGAAAAAAAAAUAGUGCGGCUGACUGUAACUGGUAAAGGUCAGAUUUAAUAAUAUCUGAUUUAAUUCUGGAGAAGAUGAUGACAGUUUCUGAUGCUUCCAACCUAAACAAACUCCAUUGGAAAAGUCUCAAGAAAAUAAACUCGUGGUAAGGCAGGCAACUCCAGGCUGCCUCACUACUUUGCAGCCCUCGUUCGCACUCCAGCACAGACGGUGGCAGUAAUGCAGCAGUACAUUAUUUCGUUAACGGCAAAUCAUUAUCAGAAAAAGGACAUCAAAAUGACAUACGCAAUGGUAGCCGUUAAGCUAAUAUCAGUGUUGAAUUAUAUUUAAUUUUUCGCUGUGAAUUGAUUAAAUACAGCUCAGUAUAUGUCCACAAGUCUCGUAGCAUAUUCCAUCGACUUGUGAUGUUCUCUAACGUGAAGUGAGCACUUUAAAAGGCGGAAGCAGUGCUCAAACAUCUGCUUCUUUAAGUGUUUUGCUGUUGAAGUAUAGGUUACAUCACCAGGCUACACCUUACAGACUCAACCUUGGUUUGUGGUGGAGUUGUUCGUCGGUAUGGAGGAUCACGCAUUAUAUUCAGCACCGUCAACACCUAAGCCAACAGAUAACGAGUCUACAACGCCGUUGAUGAUGAGCCCUAUUCCUAGUUCGGAAUUCAUAUAUAAAAUGAUUGAUGAGGAAAUUCAUCUGUUCGUAAAGUUAAGAGCGUCUAAUAAAGCACUUUUCACUGGGCGGAGAAAUUCAGCAAGACUGGCUUGGAGGGCGAUUUUAAAAGAGAUGGGUCUGCACAGAAAGAUGUCAGCGGCCCAAGCGAAGAAGAAAUGGGACAACCUUCUAAAGAAAUACAAGGACCAAAAGAACCCACCGGCCGGUGUCGCACUCAUCCCCGACAGUUGGCGCUGGUUCACACUGAUGGACGACGCCGUGCAGGGGAGGCUAGAGGGCAGCGCCAAGGCUGUGUCCGUCACGUCCGCUGUGGCCAACAACCAUGAAGACUUCCUACCCAACAAGCCCCGCUGCAAGCGAUACCGGGAAGCCGGCAGGAAGGAGUCGAUGGCAUCGGCAGGGACGGGGCUGCCGGGGAGAAACGAGAUCGAGUUCCUGGUAAACGACAGUGACAUCUUGUGGGCACCAGGUGGCACUGCAGGGCAGGAGAUGGAGUGCGACAGGCGGGAGAUCGAGCAGGAGAGGGCGCAGCUGGACAGCGACCGGAUGCUGGUGGAGAAAGAGAGGGAGGUGCUGGAGCGAGAGAGGAUGGUGAUGGAGCGCGAGAGGGCCGGCCUACAGAGGGAGCUGGCCGCAGUGGACCGAGACAGGGCCACACUGGAGAGAGAGAGGGCGUCUGUGGAGAGAGACAGGGCGGCGGUGGACUGGGAGAGAGCCAUGCUGGAGAAGGAGAGGGCAAGACUGGAGAGAGAUAGGCUAGCAAUUGGUAUCGACAGUAUGGCCUGUAAAAGAGACUAUACAACAAUUGCAACGAAUUGCAGAUUGAACACGUCAGACAGGAUCAGGCAAGUGGAACUGGAACCGGAAUGUCUGCAGAGGAAACAGAAGUUCCUUGACUUGUUUGAGAAACUCUUAGAGAAAUUCUAAUGUUCAAAAUUCUAAACACCGAGCCAGACUAAAGGUACUAUGGAGUGGAGUGCUUGCUCUUGUCAAGUUCUCAAUUCAUUUCUCGAGCUUUUCUUGAGCAGUUCAAGGUUCAAACAUGACAUGGACAUGUUUUAAUAAAGUUUUAGGUCAUUAGAUCUGAUCUUCCUCUCAAGUUAAGCUCGUAGAUAAUAAAAACGUUGAGCCAUCCCUGUUUUGGAGAGGUCACCAAAACAACUUUAUUCAAUUGUGGUAUUUCCAUACAAAGAACACAAUAGCAGACUAUGAUUCACCCCCAAACCAUUCUCACAAACCCCCUCAAUCAUACAGAAGCUGUGAAGUAUUAAUGUAAAGGCUAUUGUGCAUGUUUUAAACAACACUUUGAAAUGUAAUAUACCAAAUAUUGCAAUUCAUGUAAAAAAGUUAUUUAAAGAAUAUAUAUUUUUUUAUAUUAUACAGACUUUACAACAAAUGAUUGUGUUAGAAUGCUUAUUUUUUAUUGCAUUAGAUAAUCAAAUUUUCCUUUCAACGAAUUUGUAAGUUCCAGCUUGAAUAAUUGUAGGCAAGUAAAAUUAACAAUUUUUCAGGAAGUGUGUGAGAAUUAACUGCAUAUUAAUAUUAUUACAAUUUUUUUUUUACAAAACAAACACAUUUGAACAAUAUCAUCACUGGUCAUCUUAGCCAGCCCUGAACAGGAAUAAAAUACAAUAAACAAAAUAUUUUUGAUUGAUUGAUUGAUCAAUAAAACUGAUUCAUAGUU